CCCGGUCCCGUCCUCUCUCUCUCUCUCUCUCUCUCACUUCGGCGCCCGACUCCCAAAACUCGCCGACGCCGACGCCGAGGUCGUCGUCGACGAUGCCGCGCAAGGCCUCGUCGGCCUCAGAUUCGCGCCUGAAAUGGCGGAAGCGGAAGCGGAAUUCCAACGCCUCCCCGUCGCCGUCGAAGCCCUCGUCCGCCGCCGCGGCGGAACACUCCGACGACUCCGACUCCGCCGUGGCGGCGAAUGAGGACGACGACUCUGCCGUCCCCUCCGCCGCGGGGGACGACGCCGAGGACGAAACCCUAGCCGGUGGUGCGGGGUCGGAGGACCCCGUGCUCGACCUCCGGCAGGCGGAGGUGCUCCCCUCGGCCGAGCCCCUCUCGGCCUUCCCUGCCGCCACCCGCCGCGUCGUCAACCGGCCGCACCCGUCCGUACUCGCCGUCAUCGCGGCGGAGCGAUCCGCGUGUACGGGUGACGGUUCCGCCGCGGCGGCGCCGGCACUGGAGAACAUUUCGCACGGGCAGCAGCAGGUGCUCUCCGGGGUGCUUCCCGACAACGCUUCCCUCGCCACGGACCCUGACAAGCCGUCUACUUACGUGUGCACGCCUCCGAACCUGAUGGAGGGGCAUGGCGUGCCCAAGCAGUUCCAGGGUCGCCUGCAUGUCGUGCCCAAGCACUCAGAUUGGUUCUCCCCAGGGAUUGUGCACAGACUGGAAAGGCAGGUAGUGCCACACUUCUUUACAGGGAAAUCGGCGGGCAACACUCCGGAGAAGUACAUGCUAUUGAGGAAUAAGGUUAUUGCAAAGUAUUUAGAGAACCCAGGCAAGAGACUUGCUUUUGCGGAGUGCCAGGGGCUUGUUGCGAACACGAGUGAAUUAUAUGAUCUCAGUAGGAUUGUUAGAUUCUUAGACACUUGGGGAAUCAUCAAUUACCUUGCGUCUGGGUCAGUGCACCGGGGUCUAAGGAUGGCAACAUCCCUUCUAAGGGAGGAACCAACCGGGGAGUUGCAACUGUUGACUGCGCCACUGAAAUCAAUUGAUGGCCUAAUUUUGUUUGAUCGCCCAAAGUGUAGCCUCCAAGCGGAGGACAUUUCUUCAUUGGCAUCAAAUUCGGAGGUGGUGGAUUUUGAUUCUGGACUUGCAGAAUUGGAUGGAAAGAUUAGGGAGCGAUUGUCAGAGAGUUCUUGCAGUUAUUGCUUACAGCCUUUGACCAGUUUGCACUAUCAGUCACAAAAGGAGGCAGAUAUCGCUCUAUGUUCUGAUUGCUUCCAUGAUGCAAGAUAUAUUAUUGGACAUUCAAGCUUAGAUUUUCAGAGGGUUGAUGGGGAUAAAGAUAGAUCAGAAAAUGAUGGGGAUAGUUGGACUGAUCAAGAAACGUUAUUGCUGUUGGAGGGCAUCGAGAAGCAUAAUGACAAUUGGAAUGACAUUGCAGAACAUGUUGGAACAAAGUCAAAAGCACAAUGUAUUUACCAUUUUAUUCGUCUUCCUGUCGAAGAUGGUCUGCUAGAGAAUAUUAAGGUGCCAGAUGCAUCUGUGCCAUUUAGAGCAGAAACCAAUGGAUAUCCACAUUCAGAUUGCAACGGCAGCACUUUAGGAAAACUACCUCAAAGAAUUCAACCUGGAAACCAUCUUCCAUUCAUUAAUUCUUCUAAUCCGGUGAUGUCACUGGUUGGAUUUUUGGCUUCUGCUAUAGGACCAAGAGUUGCAGCAUCAUGUGCAAGUGCUGCUUUAUCUGUUCUGACAAGAGAUGAUGAUUCCAGGUUGAAUUCCGAAAGCAAUUGCUCUGAUCUUAGGGGCCAUGGUACGCAUCCAAAUUUUCGUGGUCAUAAUGGUGCUAUAUCUUCAUCCAUCUCUCCAGAAAAGGUGAAGCAUGCUGCCAUGUGUGGUCUGUCGGCAGCAGCGACAAAGUCUAAACUUUUUGCAGAUCAAGAGGAGCGUGAAAUCCAAAGGCUAACGGCUACUGUAAUAAACCAUCAGAUUCUGACGUAAGAAAAAUGCACUGUUGCAUGGCCAGCAUAUUUACUUAUUGUGCAAUUGGGUCCCUUAAAAUAUGAAUUCUCUUUGGAUGAGUACUAAUAAUAAGGAUUUGAAAAUGGCAGCAUAAUGUUUUGUUUCGUGGCCUAAUUUGAUGGUGAAGGCGUUAGUGCUUUCUGCUUAGGUUUUGGGAACUUAGGUAAACAGGUAGCUCGUAUCAGUUCUGGCCAUUCUCCAGUGCUAUGUUGUGUCAAAUGAUAAGGAUAGCUGGUGAGGGGUCUAGAACUGGUUGAACAAUCAUAUAGACAAUCAAUACAGUUCAGUUGCAAAGACCACUCUGAGGUAGGAAGUCAACUGCAUACUGAAAUAAUUGUGCUUUCAGGUUUGUGUAUUGAUGUCAGUACGACAGUGAAAAUCUCAGGUAGGGAUCAUUAAAUACGAAACAUACUGAUAAGUCGAACUUUAUCACAAAAGGUCCUAAUAUGUAAUGAUCAUAAACAGCCUUGUUACCAAAUGCAGUUCAGUUGCAAAUCCCCCGUACUUUAGUAACUGAAUUUAAGUUGACAAUCCUCUGGUAAAUGUUUUUUUAUAAAAAAGGUCUGUUAUGGAUACUUUUAUUUAUCUAUGGUACCAAGUUAGAAAACUGAACUUUUUCUAUGCUUGAUCUAGCGAUGGUCAUAGUCACAAGUUCUCUUUACCAAGUUACAUUGAUAGUAUUUGCAACAACAAUUA